AUGUUGCUUACACUCAAACCUUUACAACAGCACGGGUUUGCAAAUCCCUAUGCAGCUUCAUCUGCUCAACAACGCUCUCCCUCCUCAUACUAUUCCUCACCCCCAAAGUCCGCUUCUCUUCCUCCUCUACCGGAUAACAAACCCCGGAGAAUGAGCACACCACACCGAGGCCUGCCGCCUCCCUCAGCCAUGGAACGAAGUCUGCCAUUGCCCGAACGAGCGCCACAAACAACCGGCCUGUCAUUGGCUUCGCUGCCUGCCGCGCCUUCACAAUGGCAAGGCGGUCAAGACGAGUCAAUGCGAACCUGGUUACACGCCAAAUCCGAGGAGGAUCGACGCAAACAGGAAGAAGAAAAGACUCGACAAGAGGGCUUGAGGUUGGAGCAGCGAAAGCUCGAACAAAACAUGCUACAAGAAUCUCUACGGGGCGGGAUCCCUCCACCAAUGGUUCCGAUGAUCUUUGCCAGCCUUGGGGGAGGCCAGGUUGCGCAAUUGAGUCUGGAAUGGGCCCAACAUUACAUGCAACAGCUCACUAUCCAGCAGCAGGCCCAAAUCCAGCAGCAGCAGCAGCAACAACAACAGCAACAACAGCAGCAGCAACAACAGCAACAGCAGCAGCAGCAGCAACAACAGCAGCAGCAAGCCCAAACUCAGGCCCAAGCCCAGAUCCAGCAGCCGCCAGCACAUUCCCAACUCCAAACUUCACCGGAACAACGCCGAGACACCCGUCUCCUGACCGGUCCAAAUCCGAAUCCUUACGGGGCGCAGCAAAUGCAGCCGCCGGCACAGACUACACCGAUACAACCAGUGCAGCAGCCUCAAGCCAAUGCAAGCUUCACAUCCUCAUACACGAACUCUGCUCUCCCCAGCGAGCGCGUCAGGUCACAGCAACCUCUACAAGCAGCGCCACCGACAUCGAACCCACGGCCUACAACUUCACAGUCCUCUUUGUCUCGUCUCAACACCGGUGGUGAUCUACAUGUGCCCACUCCGGGAACUUCCGCCGCUCUACAAUUGACAGGCCAGCAUCCUCUACAGCAAACGCAGACAAGCCAACAGCAAGAGCAACCCUCUUCACCUCUGUACUUUCAUCAUUGGCAACCACCCGGGGAGCAAGGCAAGUCUAAAGACAAAGAGCAAGGAACACCAUCAGGCAGGAGUGCGCACACAUCUCCAAACACGCAACCCCCAGGAUCUCACCUGCGCUCGGAGUACACCACUUCGCCCAAAAAGCGCAAAGCGACAGGGUCCCACCAGCCCGCGCCAACACCCUCCUCUCACACAUCACCAUCCUUCAACCACCAAGGCUCAUCGGGUUCCACUUCUGGCCGACGCCGCCGACAAAACUCCAGGGCCAGCGACGGCUCUUCCCGUGCAGCGCAUGAGAGUGGACGACAGAGUCUAGAGGGCGAGGCCGAAAGUAGCAGAAGUUCGGCGCAUGCUGAAACACGCCACCUUCCAGCUCAUCAUGCGGCCGGGUCGGAUAACAGGGAAAUGAGGGAGAUGAGGCAUGCAUCACGGGAUUUAAGCGAGCGAAGCAGUCCCAAACGGGAGUCAUGA